CUGCAGGACCAAUGCAAGAGACCAUCUAUGACUUCUGGAGGAUGGUGUGGCACGAAAACACCGCAAGCAUCAUAAUGGUCACCAACCUCGUGGAAGUGGGAAGGGUCAAAUGCUGCAAGUACUGGCCAGAUGACACAGAGAUAUAUAAAGACAUUAAGGUCACCCUAAUAGAAACAGAACUACUGGCAGAAUAUGUGAUAAGAACAUUCGCUGUCGAAAAGAGAGGUGUUCACGAAAUCCGUGAGAUCAGACAGUUUCACUUCACUGGCUGGCCGGAUCACGGGGUACCCUAUCAUGCCACAGGGCUGCUGGGGUUCGUCCGGCAGGUCAAAUCCAAGAGCCCGCCCAACGCAGGCCCAUUGGUGGUGCACUGCAGUGCUGGUGCAGGGAGGACCGGCUGUUUCAUCGUGAUCGAUAUCAUGUUGGACAUGGCAGAAAGAGAAGGCGUGGUUGACAUCUAUAACUGCGUGCGGGAGCUGCGGUCACGGAGGGUGAACAUGGUGCAGACAGAGGAGCAGUAUGUGUUUAUCCAUGAUGCCAUCCUGGAAGCCUGUCUUUGUGGUGACACCUCGGUCCCUGCUUCCCAAGUUAGGUCUCUGUAUUAUGACAUGAACAAACUGGAUCCGCAGACUAACUCCAGCCAGAUUAAAGAGGAGUUCCGGACCCUGAACAUGGUGACGCCAACCCUGCGCGUGGAAGACUGCAGCAUCGCGCUGCUGCCCCGGAACCACGAGAAGAACCGCUGCAUGGACAUCCUGCCUCCGGACCGCUGCCUGCCCUUCCUCAUCACCAUCGACGGGGAGAGUAGCAACUACAUCAACGCCGCCCUCAUGGACAGCUAUAAACAGCCUUCGGCUUUUAUAGUCACCCAGCAUCCUUUGCCAAACACAGUGAAAGACUUCUGGAGACUGGUCCUGGAUUAUCACUGCACGUCAGUGGUUAUGCUAAAUGAUGUGGAUCCUGCCCAGGUGAGACUCGUGCCCAGGGUCAACUCUGGGUUUGUUCUGCUUGCGCAUUGAGAAGUGCAGGCCCCCGUGCCAGGUCACAAACGCCAGGUGACGAGUGGGAGCCGGAGCUGAAACGCAAAUGUGAAAAGCAGAUGGAAUUAGGGAUGGGGGGCGAAAGUAAUCUGAAACCAAAAAGACGGAUGGAGAUCAUAGCUGGUGGAAGUGACAGGCAAGACAGGGUCAGAAAUUGGCUGUUCCCAAAGGAUGGAAAUACAAACUAAAGGGAGAUACAGGGUAAUGGGUGGAGUCAGAGCUGCGGGAUGAGGAUGUCGCACCACCUGCACCAAACAGAGCCAGCAAACCAGGGAGCCCCGAAGAAAGCAGAGCAGCACCUGACGCAGUCCCUCGCCCAACCAGCACGGCUCACCUGGAGCCUGCAGGUGGAGAGGGUCAUGCCGGGGUGACAGUGGAGACCGGCAAGUGAUUUUAAGGGACAACGAUUACUUUUGUCAACUCUUUGGUAAAGAUAGUAAAAAGAAAUGAAACCGGCACUUGAACACAAGAGAAGCUCAGAAUGAUAAAUGCGGCUUUCCCCCAGCUGCUGCCCUUAAACAUAAAAAGAGAAAGAAUAGGACUGUGUUGACUUGGGUACUAGUAAUGGGGUUAGAAACAUUCCCCUAAAGGGCCUUGUCAGCAGGCAUUGGCACAGUGGCCCUUUAGGAGCUGAAUUUAUUGCAUUAGGGGAUGGCGACGUUGGCUGCGCGCUUGACCGCCAUGACAAGAGAGCAUUAUGGGAACUGUGGACUUACUGCGUUUUAAGAAUAAACUUGUUCUGAAACUGAAUUAAUUUUCUAUCUGGUAGAGACAAGUUUUAAAAAGAAAAAAAGGGGUCUGAAGUGUUUCAGCAUCCAGCCUGGACAAGAUUUUUCCUUCCUAAAAUCAAUUUUAUUGUCGUCAAUCUGCCAUAAAUUCCAUGGACAUUCACUUCAAUUCUAUAGUGUUUUUAAUUAUGUUUGAGGCCCUACAUGAUAUUGUUAAGGCUGUAGCCUGAAAGCUAGUGAAUGAAAUAAUAAUGAUAAUCCUUGUCCUCAUCUAGUCCUUUUUGCUUAAGAAACUUAAAUAUUUUAGAAGUCUUCCACACCGAUUCUCUCCGAAAGAGAGAUUGCAGCCAUUUUUAAAGACAAGCAGACACCACAGUUAAGGGAACUUCAAAGGCCCAACUCAAAAUGGCACCAGGGAUCCUGAUUUUCUAACUCACGGUGCCAUGGGUUAAAUUUCACUAAUUUAAGAUUCUUCAGCCAAAGACCAUUAGAGGACAAGUGACUAUUCCCUCUUCAGAAUCAUUCCCUUUCCCCUAAUGUGAAUCCUGGAACAUUCCAGUGAUAUACUGCCUUUUUCAUAUCAGUGUAUCAGACAUUAGUGAUUUUGUUCUUUUUGAAUGACAGUAUUGGAAUUCUAAAGCUGCAUUCUAAACCCGAACUGUCUGGAUUCAAACCAAGUCUUGGCCAACCAUGGUAGGAGAGACAAAGAGUCCAAUUCCACUCGGCAGACAGAGCUGAUUUUCAGAGAGAGAGAAAGAGGCUCCUGGGACACAGUCAUUUAGAGAACACUAAACUGAGCGUUUGAACUUAAAGUCUCUGCAGUUGUACAAGAAUAGCACUCAACUAUUUUAAGUAUUUAUAGAUCCGGUUCAUGGACAUGUUAUGCACCAUUUAAGCCAUUUUCUACACAGUUUACUUGGGCUGAGUGCAGAAUGUAGUGUGCCAAGAACCACGCACUGGCCCAAGCCAUUCAUAUUUCUCUGGUGUAAGUGACGAGCUUUAAUCAGGACUUGAACUGAGAAAGCAAGCAGAAAGCACAGCUAGCUCAGUGUGGAGAAAAGUGGGCAGAACAGUUCAAAUGUGCAUGUUAGGACUUGUCUUACCAUCUCGACUUCCCGUCAUAAUGCCUGUUAAUUUUAACAGUGGGUACUCUUGGGUAUAAAGAAAAAAUAAACAUCAGCAUGCUGUCAUUUGACAAGGCAGUCUUAGAACUUGUCACCAGGAAGUGCUGGUAAGGAAGGGAAAUUUUUAUGGAAGCAUUAUUUUAAAAUAAAUAAAUGUAAUUUUUUAAAAUACUAUAGACUUAGCUAACAUAAAAAGUACCCUUAGUUAUUCCACCCUCAUUCUUGAUCGUAAAGUUCAAACCUCAACUUCUGUGUAAUAGAGAGAGAUUGCCGUUUCAGUUGACUCGCUGUUGGCUGAAAACUAUCUUGCAAUCUUGGAUAUAAAUCAACCUUUACAACCUUUGACGGUAAGAUUUUAGAUAUUUUGGAAAAUAAAAGUCAUAAAAAAAAGGAAAUUCGACAGGUGGAUUCACCUUUUGUGGUACAUCAUUCUGCUUAAAAUGAGAUAGGUUUUUCAUCUGCUCUUGGCCCAAUAGAAACCAGUUAUAAGAUAAUGAAGUAAUUCCCUCUUGGCCCCCCACAAGCCAUUUGUCCCUUGGGUAAAUCAGAAAGAUAAAAAUUAAACUCUACUCCCAAAAACAUCAUUAGAUACCAAGUCCCAAAAGAAGUUUAAUUUCAGACAUUAAAGGCCUAUUAGCAUCUCAGGACUUUAGGAAAAGUCUGAGAAGGAAAAGUCCUGGGGGUUCUCCCCACCUAUCUGCAAGUUUAGUAUUUCUGUGGGGUGGUAGCAAACACAGGUGCCUCUUUCAUAAGCCACCCUUUCCAGCAUCACGUUCACACAAAGUUCUGGUUACCCGGUAUCACCAAUACCUGGCGCUUGAAAUUGUGAUUUUAAUUAAAACUACCUCCAGGCAAAACAGCAAAGCAUUUACUCUUAUUACAUCAGGUUUCCUAGAUUUCAGCUGGGAGAAUUUGGACCAGAUCAUGAAAAUGCAACCCAACACUGUUAUCAGUAUCUUGGGAAUGGCCCUAUUCCCAAAAGUGAUAACAAAUUACAAAGCAAGCCCACGUGGGGGAGGAUGGAGAUUUGUGUAUCAGUAGGUACGUGCACCAUCUCAAGUAUCUUAGCUCUUGUAAUGGCAGCCAGUGGCAUCUCUCCAGGGCCGGAUAAAGGCAUGCAGAAGGGAUCUUACAAAGGGAUGCAUUGAACAGCAUCCACAUGGCCUCCUUGGAAAGCAGAAUGGCUCGUGGCUUAAAGAUGCUUUCUGAGGAAAUGAAGAAAAAAGUACUGGAAGGACAGGUGGAGCUGAGGAAUCAGCCAACAAGAAAGUCCUUGCUGGGAGGAAAAGAGAGAGGAAAGAAAAUGAAGUGAAUCGAGGAAGUAUUAAGACUUACUGAAUGUCAAUAGUGACCUCAUCCAAACUGUUAGGAGUCAAUUUAUUCCUUUUUUUUUUUUAAGAUUUUAUUUAUUUGAC